AUGGAACUCUUAUGUUCAAUUUGUGGAUAAGAUUUAGACAUUUGUAUAAGAUGGCCUCGUUUGAUUCCAAAUACAGGAGAUACAAUUUGUUAAUUAUGUGUAUAACAAAUAGUAGACUAGUCCAUUGAGGCUGAUAAGAUUAUACAUUUAUAAAAUGAUUUAACUCAAGUAGUGUUUCUAUUUUUAAAUUAGUUGUAACAAAUAAAAUAAAAUUAAUUGAAACUUGAUGACUUUCCUCUUAAUUAGAGUCUAUUGAGAAUUCUUUAAUUAUAAAAAUAAAAGAAUCUUCGUCCAAUUAAUUUAGAAUCAAAAAUUAAUAAUUAAACUUUUGAAGAAUGGCAAUCAGAUGAAACAAGUAUUGAUAGUAAUUUUUUGGAUGAAUUGGCUACUUCUGUUAAAAAACCUUAAAAAUUGAAUUUAAAACGAUUUAGAGAUUAAGAAGAUAGUUUUGGUUCUCUAAAUUAUUCAUCUUAUAGUUCUGGUAAAUUGUGUUAAACUCAUCGCAGACAACUUGAAGUAGUAUGUCUGUAAUGUUAAACAAUGAUUUGUACAAAUUGUGCUUUAUUUGGAAGUCAUAAAGGACAUUAUAUUUAUAGUGAAGAGGAUAUUAUUUCACUUUUAGAGAUGAAAGCAUAAGAACUUACAGAAAUGGUUGAAAGAAUUCAUAAAGAAUCCUAAUCUAUUUCAAGAAAUAAACAUGAAUAGGAUUUCUAAGCUUAAGUUUAAGAAAUGUAACGAAUUGCUAUUGAUAAAUUAAAAAAGGAAUUUGAUGAAUUGAGAGAUAAAAUUGAUUAAAAAGAAAAAAUUGUAAGUAUAUAUUAUUCUAAUGUUAGUUAGUAUCUCAAAUCAUGAUUGUUACAUAAAAUAAUAUUAAUAAAUUUAGUGAUUGGUGGAAUAAUACUAUUCAUUUAGAAAAGGAAUGUCAAUCUUGGAUUAAAUAAGCAUAAAGUGCAUUUGAAUAAUUUACAGAAUAAGUUAAAUAUUGGGAAUUACUUAAUCUUACUGAUAGUUUAAGAACUAAUGGACUUCAACUCUAAUAGUAAGAGUAUUUAUUAAUUAAAUAAGAGAAAUAAAGAAAAAUUAAUAAUAGAUAAUAGCUAAAAGAGAUUAACUAAUUGGUUUAGAUAUUAAUGUUAAAUUUAAUUGGAAUGCAUUAAAAUUUGAAGAUUUUUGUAAAAUAAUUGAAGGUUCUGAAUUAAUGAUUACUAAUAAUAAUAAUAAUAAUAAUAAUAAUAAUAAUAAUAAUAAUAAUAAUAAUAAUAAUUAAUCUCAAUAAUCACCUUAUUUAUUGAAUUCUUUUACUAUGUAAUAAUCAAUAGAAGAAACUGAUUUAUUAAAUGAUGUAAGUGCCACAUUUGCAAAUGAAGCAGAACCACCUAUUAAUUAAAUCAAAAGAGUUUAUAGGAGUGCUACUCCUACUAAUUAAAUAAAUACUGAAAAUUGUGAUCCCUCUUUAUCACCAAUAGUAAAUAAAUAAUUAAAUUUGUUAGGAGAGUAAUAGAGCUUCAAUUUGUAGGAAGAAAUCAUAAGUUCCAAUGAAAUUAUAAUUGUAUAUGGAUGAAUUAAGAAAGGGGAAAAUAGAUGUGGCAGAAUUCAAUAAUUUAGAAAAAGAUAUGUUAAUAAUUGUAGGAAAUGAAAUUAAAAAUUGGAAGGUUAAAAGUGUAAAAAUAAUGAAAUCAAAAUUAUUAGAUGAUCAACUCUUAUAAUUAUUUAAGGGUAUAUUAUUUAUAUAUUUAAAUUUAGCAUUAUCAUAAAAUGAUAAUAUUUAAAGUGUGAAUUUAUCAUAGAAUUCUUUAACUGAUAAAGGAAUUGAAACAUUAUUUUAGUUAUAUUAAAAUGGAUUGAUUGGCAUUCAUCUUAAAAAUAUUAUAGUAUCAUAAAAUAAGAUAAAUGCUAGAAAUGUAAAAUAGAAAAUAGCUGAUUUUAAAAAAUUGGGUUUGAUUAUAACAUUAUGA